AUGGAGGCAAUUGGCAUGCCUGACACGAGACAACAGAGCGAGGAGUACAUACGUCAAUGUCUCGGGGGCUCCUACCAAGAAGACUUGAUCUCUGCGUAUUUGGACUCUUCUCCGGAAAUGGUUCGCUGGAUGGAAGGCAAUUCGGAGGUCAAGUUUUUUGGGCUACCGUUUCCCGAUUAUCACAUGGAUCGUAAGGGAGCCGCCUACGGACGGACGGUUAUGACACGACCCUACGAUGGGCGGCGUUUGAAGAGACUUGUGCGCCAGAUUCGAUACCCGCUUCAGGGCAUGAGCGCCUUUGGGUCGAUGCAGACACCGCUCGGAGAAAUUGGGACGUGGCAGAAGCCGUGGGCAAGCUGGAGGAACAUGAAGUUUGUGUCCUCCAGUCUUCUGCGAUACGGUGCCGACUUGAUUUUCUAUGGUAAAGGAACGGAUUUGUGCAACGGUAAUGCGCUGGUUGGUCGUCUUUUAGAGUCGGUAACGAAGACUAGAAUUACCUUGUGGUCAAACACACCCGCUAUUGAGCCUAUCUUAGACCAGGGCCGAGUCGCUGGUCUGGUCGUACGUCAAGAGGGCCGAGACCUGCGCAUCCAGGCAAAGAAAGGCGUUGUCCUUGCUACUGGCGGCUUUGCGCGCUCUGCGUCCCUCAGCCGCAAAUACUUGCCCUUCAGCGACUAUACCGCAGCGCCGAGAGGCAACACCGGGGAUGGAAUCGGUCUUGGUAUUGCCAGCGGAGGCCACCUGCCAGCCCCCAAUAAAGAUAACGGUUUGUGGGCUCCCAUAUCUGAGCUUCACGGCCCAAAAGGACAGGUGCGACAUUUCCCGCAUCAAGCCCUUGACCGCUCGAAACCGAGGUGCAUUCUGGUUGACGGCGAUGGCCUCCGGUUUGCCAACGAGUCGGCACCAUAUCAACCCUUCGGCCAUGACACCCACGCGGCGGGAGUCCAGAAGCAUUUCAUCAUUGGGGACUCGGUCUUCCUCAGGCGUUAUGGCAUGGGCCUGGCACUUCCUUUUCCAUAUCCCGUCAGCAGAUACUUGAUGCGCCACUACCUUGUGAGCGCCCCCACGAUUCGCGAACUUGCACGCAAAUUGCGAAUCAAUGAGGAGAAUCUCGCCGCAACGGUGGAAAAGUUCAAUGGUUAUGCCCGGGAAGGACGCGACCCUGACUUUCACCGGGGCGAGGCAAUCUACGAUCAGGCAUAUGGGGAUGCAUCAAACAAGCCAAACCCUUGCCUGGGGCCACUGGAAAAGCCUCCGUUCUACGCCCUCCCUCUUUAUCCCGGCAACGUGUCGACCAUGUAUGGUCUGGAGACAAAUAUCAAUGCUCAAGUCUUGGAUGGUUCCGGCAAAGCUGUGCCAGGAUUGUAUGCCGUUGGAGCCGACAUGAACAAUCCAAUGAAAGGCUUCUACCCUGGCGGCGGAUGUACGUUGGGGCCCGGGAUGGUUUUUGGCUAUCGGGCUGGACUUCAUAUUGCUGGGAAAUUGUGA